AUGGUGUCGCUGAGCCUCAGGGAGACCAUCCUGGUGCAGUGGAGCCGGCCCGGCCACCACUCCGUCCACAAGACGUUUACCUUUGAGAGGGUCUACGGCCCGGCGGAGGGCCAGGCCGCGGUGUUUGCAGACGUGUGCCCCCUGCUCACGUCCCUGCUGGACGGGUACAACGUCUGCAUCAUGGCCUACGGCCAGACCGGGAGCGGGAAGACCUACACCAUGCUGGGCCCGCAGCCCCCGGGCGCGGCGCAGGGCGACGCGGGACUCAUCCCCAGGGCCGCCCGGGAGCUCUUCAGGCUUAUGUCAGAAGAUCCCUCAGAGCGACCCGGGGUCCAGGUCUCCAUCGUGGAGGUUUACAACAACGACAUUUUCGACCUCCUGGCCAAAGACGGCUGCACGGCGACGGCCCGGCUCAGGCGCGAGGUGCUGACCACCAGGGAGGGGAGGACGGAGGUGUCCCCGCUGACCUGCCUGUCUGUCGGGAGCGCAGGGGAGUUGGUGGAGCUCGUGGGGGCCGGCCUGCAGCUCCGGGCCAGGCGCGCCACCUCCGUGCACGCAGAUUCUUCUCGCUCGCACCUGGUCGUCACGGUGACUCUGACCGCGGCCGCCUCCGGGGACAGCACCCCUGAGCCGCGGUCCAGCCCGUCGCUGCCCCGGGCGCCCGGCUGCCCCUCGCCGUCGCCGCCGGCAACAGGGAGGAGGCCGCCCGCUCCCCGCAGAGCCUCCCCCGGGUCCCCGGGGGCCCGGCCCGCGGAGCAGGUGCGCGCCCGGCUGCAGCUGGUGGACCUGGCGGGCAGCGAGUGUGCAGGCGCGUCUGGAGCGAGGGGACCAGCCCUGAGGGAGGCGUCCUUCAUCAACCGGAGCCUGGCGGCCCUGGCGGACGUCCUGGGGGCCCUGGCGGCACGCCGAGCCCACGUUCCCUACCGCAACAGCAAGCUCACCCACCUGCUGCAGGACGCCCUGGGAGGCGACGCCAAGCUGCUGGUGAUCAUCUGCGUGUCCCCCGGCCGGGAGCACGUGGCCGAGACGCUGCAGAGCCUGGGUUUUGGGGUCCGCGCGCGGCAGGUGGAGCGGCAGGAGGGGCGGGGCCGCCCAGCCCCCAGGGGCCCCCGUGAGGAGCGCGGGUGCUUGUGGGCUGCGUCCCCCCCACCUGUUUCCUGCCACGACGGCACAUGUGAUGUUCACGCCUGAAAUGAACUCUUUACAUGGGACGUGACGGCCCUGGUUUUCUCCAAGGUGACGGCCACGAACACGGAGCCCACGGGCCAGCCA